GGAACAACUGCUUGCUUGCAGAUGCACCACGAGGACGAUUGACCAGGGGUGGUGUCGUUCUUAUUGAUCAGAAUCUGUAUGAGGUCGCACUAACUGUUUCAGAGACAUGUUUUCUAGGGUACUAAUCUAUCAUUUGGUCGUUUGCUGGGCGCAAUGUUCCCGUUUCCCAGCCACCCCGCAGUCGCAUUUUACCAGCCACCUUCAUUCGACCAUGACCGCAACUUGCAUAUUUUUCUCCUUAUUUUCCUUCCAUUAAGCCCCCUUUCCUCUGAGCCCUGCAUAACUGCUUUGCAUAGAAUCUUACUUUGUCUCUCCUCGUGCGGUUGAGUUGGCGAGUUAAAAAAACCACACGGUCCAUCUCCCGGUCAACGCCAGGUCCGAUUUCAAUCUGGCGACGGCCCUAUUAUACGAGAACCUAUUUAUCACAUCUGGGAUGACGCUAUAGCUACCGUACUCAACUGCGACCAUUCAACCGUAUUAUAAAAUCGGUAUCGAGUAACUCUACUCACAUCUCUGAAUCAGCUGGCACCGACGAUCGUCGUGUGGAAAGGCUAUCAAGAUGAUCGGCAGUUUUUUCUUCAUUUGCAAUCGCCUGGUGGAGAUUAUUUUCCUGAUACCAAUCAUUGGAAUGUUGGCUUACUUUAUCGACGGAUAUCUCAAGGCCAAUGUAAUCACCCCGACCUACAUCCUCGUGCUUUUCAUCGUCAGCACUAUCGCAGUCUUCUGGUGCUUUGACACAUUAAUCCGUCACGCGACCACCAAGCGCUCAGCCGCCUUUGUCGCUUUCGUCGACCUCCUCUUCUUCGGCGCUUUCAUUGCAGGGGUCUACCAACUGCGCUUCAUCGCAAAUGCCAACUGCUCCCAUUGGGAUGGGGGCUCUGUGUGGGUCUCCCUUGGCCCCUUUGGAGCCUAUGGCUACCGCACGGGCAACCCGCUGGCCCUGCAAGUCAACAAACAUUGUGCGAUGUUGAAGACCUGCUUUGCGCUGGGCAUCAUGGAGAUUGUGUUCUUCUUCUGGACCGCCUUUUGGGCGCUUUUUCUGCACAGUCGGUCCGAUGUGGUUGUUAAGGAGACAACGACAAUUCGAAGGAGAAGUCACAGUAGUCGGCGUGGACAUGGACAUCGUCGGAGCUCCAGUCAUCGCCGGCCGCAAUAUGUGGUCUAAUCAUAUUUCCUCCAUUUCGCAUAUUUUUCCGUAUUACUUUCCUCGAAUUGUUUAUGAUUUACGGAUACGACUUGGAUGACAUAGAUAAUGGGAGGCCAAAAGCGCUAAAAAAAAA